AUGAGCCCUCAGUCGCCAUACUCACGGCUGAGCAGCCUGAUUGCCUCUCUUUCUCCCUACUUGGAGCUUGCCCCGGAAUCUUUAACUAAGGAAAUUGAAAAUCAUCUUUUAAUCACUCUUUCUCAGGUUUUUGUACAAGUGAAGCAGUGGACACAUGAAUUUGAUUCCGAUUCCGAUUCCCAUUCUGACGAGGAUUCGAUGGCAAUGCCUGCCGAUAACAGUGCAUGUUCAGAUGUUUCAACUUCGUAUUCGGACAAUGGCAAUUGUUUGGCCAUGGUUGACUUAAUGGCUUUGCUUGCUGCCCAAAAUCAAUAUAUUCAGCACUUAGCAGGAAAUACUUUCGUGGCUAUCUCUGAGUUUGUCAUUGCAUCUGAUAGCAGCUGGGAUGACUUCAUGCACUUCAUGUGUCUUUGCUUGGAAUGGGCAAUUUGUAACAAUCUUUCAUGUUCUUUGGAACCUAAUGCAUUCAAAUCCCAAUACUUGGAUUAUUUACCAAUAUCUAUCUCAUUGCUGAAGUUGAAACUGAGAAAUACAAAUUGGUUAAUGGUCGCUGCUAUUUUUCGAAUUUUACGUAAUAUACUGAAACUUUUGAGGGAUUUUGAUGACAACUUUAUAAAACAAUACCUAGAUUUCAUCGGCUCUUUUAUUUCGAAUGUGCCAUGGGAUUUGUUGAAUGAGGUCUUUGUUGGCCAUAAUGCUGAGGCUUCAAGAAGCACCGGUGAAGAUAUUUCACAUCAUGUAAAGGCUGUACAACCAAAAGAAGCAAUAACUUUUUAUGGCAAUCUGCUACAGUUCUUCUGCUCCUUGGUGGAGCAAAGUAAUUUGCUGGAAGUUGGAGUUGAUUCCUUGUCAGUCAUUUGCAAAAUCAGGAACCUUGUUCCCAAACUUUUGUCCUGGUGCCACAGCGAGCUACAGAGUUCUGACAAUGUCCGUAUAUCUCAAUAUUUUAGACAUAAGGUUUUGAUGCUAAUGGUCAAACUUAGUUUACGAAUCCACCUCGAAUAUACCCUUAUCAUAUCAUGGCUGCAUCUUGUCUAUGAGUACUUUGAAGACUUAUUAUUACUACCUAUACCCGGGGAGAAGUUUGAAGAGGAUUACUGUCUGGAAGGCUCGCCUUUCUGCACGAGUAUUUUUAAUCCUGGGAAACAAAAUGUGUCAUCUCGCCAUUUGCAGAGGCUGGCUGUCUUCCUUUUCCUAAGGUGUUCCUUAAGUUUGCUCACCAUGAAAGCAAGUCCUGAUAAGCAAUGUGCAUGUGAAAGACUGGAGGUUUGCACAACCUUGGACCUGAAUUUGAAUUCAGAAUGUUGCAGUAAAAGUAAAGGUUUGAUAGAGCUCCACAAAUGGCUUCUAGCACACGUUCCUGCUGAUAUCUUUCUGGACCAUGAAAUGUAUUCUAAACGAUGUCUGACAUUUACCUUGUCCUUCGUUCAGCUAUAUAUGCACGAGGAUGAUAUCCUAUUUGAAGUGCUCUUGCAACUGUUUUGCAUGCCAUUUCAUCCUGAUCCUCCAAUUAGAGGAGGGUGUCGUUUGGAAGUGAAGAAUCACAAAUUCUUUCUUGCUUCAGACUUAUUUAAUCCUAUACAUAUAUUUCACAUAUUCCUUGCAGAGAUACUUUAUGAUCACCAAGUACUUCUUGAUUAUCUUAUCUCAAAAGACAGAGGUGCCAGCUGUGCUGAAUACCUUUUGAGGUCCUUGCGAGUAGUGUGUGAUUCCUGGAAUUUGUUCGUCAAAUAUCCGGAAACGGAAGAAGCAAAACAUCUCUUAUAUUCUAAGAGAAGAAAAGUUUUAGCAGGAUGUUUGGAUUCUGAUGAAGCUUUAUCCUCUCCACGUGUGAGAAAUGAUGGGGCUCCUUCAUCACUUGAAAUGGAAUGUAAGAAAGUCCAGCUAUCUGACAGUAAGCAUGGCAGAAAUUAUAGACUGCCAUUUGUGGGUGCUAGGGAUUGUUUGGUUUCACUAAAAACAUCCAUCGAAAGUCUUUGCCAGAAGAAUCUGUUUCCAUAUAAUCCACAAGCCCUUCUGCUGCGUUUAAUCAGAUUUCAAGAGCUUUGUUUUAAGCAAUAA